GCCACUCAGAGAACACAGGACCUGGUGGAAUACUGUGGGGUUUAUUCCCAGAUCUCUUCAGAAGGUGCCCCCACCAUGUCUGGAAAGAGGUCGAGGUGCUCCUUCUCCCGGCUGGAGGUGAUCCUGAUCGUCUGCCUGGUGCUGAUGAUCGCCCUGACCGUGGUGCUCCUGGUGCUGCACUUCCUCAGCAAAGACACCGACGGCAAGUGCAGCUACCCCAGCCCUCUGCUCCAGGGGGUGCCCAGGGCAGGAGCAAAGUACUGGGUGGGUGUUGGCAGAGCUGACUGCACAGGGCCUGUGGCACAAGUUCCUCUGAUGGGAUACGCCAACCCCGAGCAGGUGGGCGGGGGGCUCCUCUCACGCCUCUACAGCCGCGCCUUCAUCGUGGCCGACCCCCAGCGCUCCAAACGCCUCGUGUUCGUCAGCGCCGACAUCGGGAUGGUGUCCCAGAGACUGAGGCUGGAGGUGCUGCAGCAGCUGCGGAGCAAGUACGGGGGUCUGUACGGGCAGGACAACGUCAUCCUCAGCGGCACCCACACGCACUCCGGCCCCGGAGGGUACUUCCAGUACACCCUCUUCUGGAUCACCAGCAAGGGGCUCAUCAGGCCAGCCCUCAGCUCCAUCGUCAACGGCAUUGUCAAGAGCAUAGAUAUUGCCCAUGAGAACAUGAAGAGAGGAAGGCUCUUCAUAAACAGAGGCACAGUAGAAAACAGCCAGAUCAACAGGAGCCCUUUCUCCUACCUCAAGAACCCAGAGUCUGAGCGGAACAGGUAUUCAUCCAACACAGAUAAAGAAAUGGUGGUGCUGAAGAUGGUAGAUGAGGAUGGACAUGAGCUUGGCCUUAUCAGCUGGUUUGCCGUGCACCCCGUGAGCAUGAACAACUCCAACCACCUGGUGAACAGCGACAACGUGGGCUACGCCUCCUACCUGUUCGAGCAGGAGAAGAACAAGGGGAUGCUCCCUGGAGAGGGCUCUUUUGUGGCCGCCUUUGCCUCGUCCAACCUGGGAGACGUGUCCUCCAACACGCGGGGCCCCUUCUGCGCCAGCACGGGCGAGUCCUGCGACAACCCCCAGAGCAGCUGUCCCGUCGGAGGGGCAGCCAUGUGCAUGGCCCAGGGGCCCGGGAAGGACAUGUUUGAGAGCACCAGGAUUAUAGGGCAAAAUCUCUACCUGAAAGCAAAGGAGCUGUAUGAAGAAGCCUCCCAGGAGGUGACAGGACCCCUGAGCUCAGCCCACCAGUGGGUGAACAUGAGCGACGUGUCCGUGGAGCUGAACGCCACCCACAGGGUGAAAACCUGUAAACCAGCCCUGGGGCACAGCUUUGCUGCGGGGACUAUUGAUGGAGUGGGGGCUUUCAACUUCACCCAAGGCUCAGUAGAAGGGGACCCAUUUUGGGAUCAAAUCCGGGACCAGCUGCUGGGAGAGCCGUCAAAUGAAACCAAAGCCUGCCACAAACCCAAGCCCAUCCUCUUCAGCACGGGAGAGAUGACUUGGCCCCACCCCUGGCACCCGGACAUCGUGGAUGUGCAGAUCGCUGCCAUCGGAUCCCUGGCAAUCCUUGCUGUUCCCGGGGAGUUCACGACCAUGUCUGGACGCAGGCUGCGGGAAGCUGUCAAAAGUGAAUUUGAUUCCCAUGGGACACGAGGGAUGAACGUUGUGAUUGCAGGUCUGUGCAAUGUCUACACCCACUACAUCACCACCUAUGAGGAAUACCAGGUCCAACGAUACGAGGCUGCCUCCACUAUUUAUGGGCCACACACGCUUUCUGCUUACAUCCAGCUGUACAGGGGCCUGGCCAAGGCUAUUGCUCUGAAUGCCACUGAGGAGCUGCCCCGUGGCCCAGAGCCCCCACUUUUCAACGUGACCACCCUGACCCUGCUGCCCGCUCUCGGCGUGGAGAGCGCGCCGGCCAAUAAAAACUUUGGGGAUGUGCUGGAAGAAGUGAGACAGGAGUAUCGAGAGGGAGAAGUUGCUAAAGUGACUUUUGUGGGUGGAAACCCCAGGAACUCUGCAGAGAAUGCGACUGAGCACAACUUCCUGACGGUGGAGAAAUACUCCAGCAUUUCCAGCAGCUGGCGUGCGGUGCUGAACGACGCCUCCUGGGACACCAGGUUCUACUGGAGCAAAGGGUCCCGUGGGCAGAGCAACGUGACCAUCGAGUGGCACAUCCCGGCGGGCGCGGAGCCGGGCGUGUACCGCCUGCGCUACUUCGGCCACUACAAGAAGAGACUGCUCCUCCUGGGCACCGUCACCGUGCCCUUUGAGGGCUCCUCCUCAGCCUUCCACGUCGCUGCUCCCUAGGCUAUCCCAUCCCCAAAGGAGUGGGCAGCAGGUUUGGUGUCUGGGAUGUGCAGGGCUUGGACUUGGAUGGUUCUUGCGGCCGCCCUCCGGAUGCAGGUGAUCCCGUGAUGUUCUGGGAGGGGUUUUUGUGGCUCUGGACGUCACUGUUGCCCCUUUGAGUGCUGCUGAUCGUCCUUUGAUGUGCAAAGUUUGACUUCCUGGAAAGUUCUGGCUUUUCCUUGCAGUUGAGUCCCUUCAUGUGUCCUCAGUCAAAUGGUUC